UUUCUCUUUUAUUCAAUCCCUUCUCAUCGAAGUUCUCUCUCUCUCUCUCUCUCUCUCUCUCCGCUGCUGCUGCUUAACGUGCGCCCCCAGAUCGCUCUGUGCAAGUUAUAGAGAUCCCGUUUUCGAAGCUUAUCGUGCGCUUCCUCUUCUUCCUCUCUUCUGAUUUUGAGGACUCUCUCUCUCUCUCUCUCUCUCUCUCUCUCUCUCCGCUCCUCUCUUUCUCUUAGGUUUCGAGAGAAAAGGUCUGAUGGCGGGGCGUUACGACGUCAAUCCGUUCGAUGAAGAGAACGUGAAUCCGUUUGCGAAUCCUGGCAGUGUCCCUCCUGCUUCAAAUUCAAGGCUUUCUCCUCUUCCUCCUGAACCUGCAGAUUUCUACUAUGAUCGUGGUGCUACGAUUGAUAUUCCUCUCGACACAUCAACAGAUCUAAAAAAGAAGGAGAAGGAACUCCAAGCCAAGGAAGCAGAAUUGAGGAAGAGGGAACAGGAUCUAAAACGGAGAGAAGAAGCAGCAGCACGGGCUGGAAUUGUUAUAGAGGAGAAAAAUUGGCCUUCAUUUUUCCCCAUUAUUCAUCAUGAUAUUGCAAACGAAAUACCAAUCCAUGUACAAAGGAUGCAGUAUCUUGCAUUUGCAACAUUAUUAGGAUUGUUUGCCAGCCUUCUGUGGAAUAUCAUAUCAGUUACUGCAGCCUGGAUUAAAGGGGAAGGUGUAAAAAUCUGGUUCCUGGCUAUUAUCUACUUCAUAGCAGGGGUUCCAGGAGCCUAUGUGUUGUGGUAUCGCCCUCUUUACCGUGCCAUGAGGAAGGAAAGUGCUUUGAAGUUUGGAUGGUUUUUCUUGUUUUACCUGCUCCAUAUUGGUUUCUGCAUCUUUGCUGCGGUGGCUCCUCCUAUUAUUUUCAAAGGGAAGUCUUUGACAGGUAUCUUGCCAGCAGUAGAUCUCGUCGGUGACCACGUUUUGGUUGGGAUCUUUUACUUCAUUGGCUUUGGAUUCUUCUGCCUUGAAUCGUUGCUCAGCAUCUGGGUUAUUCAGCAAGUUUACAUGUACUUCCGAGGGAGCGGCAAGGCUGCUGAGAUGAAGCGUGAGGCUGCCCGCGGUGCCAUGAGGGCAGCCUUUUGAUCUAGUUCUGGAACUUCAGAUGUCGACCUUACUGCUGCCAGAUGAAAAUACCAAAAUACCCCUCGAUGGGAGCCGAUAGAGAUUUUAUUAAUUAGGCUACACAUGUUCUGUAUCUUUGUGGUUUCUGUGAUAUCACUGCUUUUGCCAUGCUAGGGUGUGCAAGUAGAGAAACGGGUAGAGAUUUGUAAUCUUUUGUAAAGUAGAUUGGGUACAGCUUCUUUUAUUUGGCUUGAAUUGGUUUUAUAGCUUUCUUUUGGAAGUGCUCAUCUCUAAAUGCAUUCUGGUUUCAAGUGA